UUAAUAUCCAAUCCAAACAGAGCCAAGCAAUGAAGCUUACUAUAGUGUUUGGACUGUUGGUGAUUUUAGCAGCCUGUGCUGCUAUGAGUGACUUCCCGGUGGCCUGUUAUGUAGAUGCAUCCACACAACACAUGAUUUUCCUUGUUGAUCCUUUCUUGUGCACUUAUGUCAUUUACUCCGCUGCUUAUAUUGGGGAUGACUUAAGUUUUAAAACUUUGUCCUUGGAUGUGGAUCCUUUUAACUCCAUGCUGAAAAAGCUGAAAGAUAGGAAUCCUGCUCUAAGGGUGUUGCUUGGUGUUGGGGUGAAGCGGUCAAGGUUGGAAGUGCUGUCCCAGCAGCAGAUAACUCUCGAUAACUUUAUUACCUUAAUGCUGAAAUAUGUGAUGGAGAACAAUUAUGAUGGAGUGGAGUUUACAUGGUUGGAAAAUGAAAUUGAUGAAACCCUCAGAAGCACAGAACCUCUCACAAGUUUCAUUAAGGAACUUAGAGGUCAAGCUGUUAACAAGCCAUUGCUUGUUUUUGUAUCCCUUCUGGACCACAGCAACCACAUGAGUACUCAUAUUGACCAGAAGACUUUGUCACAGUAUACUGACUUCAUCUGCCUGCUGCCAUUGAACUAUAAUAAUGAAGGGCCACAGAUUAGCAACACAGUCAGUUACUGGCAGGACCUAGCUGACCCCAAAAAGCUUAUGAUGGCUGUGCCCAAAAUUGUGCAACAGCAGAACAGUAGCAAGGCCAAGUCUACGGCCAUAAAACCAGAGAGGAAAGUUGAGCAAAUUGACAACCCUGGGCUGAUUAUAGCUAAACAGGUAUGCAAGGAUAUCAAAAGUGGACAAAUGGAAUUAAAAGGUUUAACACAACUUGAGAGGUGUCAAAGCCAUUUGAAAAAUGAGUCAUGGCUACUACAGAAAGGGUUUGGUGGUGUGGGGGUUAUCAUGUUAGACAUUGACAACUUUUUCAACUCAGUUUGCCUCAACUGCACCAAAAAUGAAACAGCAAUUCUUGAAGAUGUGAUUACUGGACAUCGCCAUGGGCAUAGUCAUCACAGACAUCAUCAUCAUAGGCAUCAUCAUUGGCAUAACCAUCAAAGCCAUCAUCGUUCCAGGCACCAUGACCAUAGACAUCAUAGGCAUGGUCACCGUGGGCAUCGUCAUCGCAGACACCAUAAACAUGGACAUCAUCACACACACUAUCACCAUGAAGAUGAAUGCCACUCGCAUAGUCACCAUAGAAACCAUCAUCAUGGUUAGAAUAAUAAUGGUUUGCAUCAUGGUUGUCAUUAACCAGCCAACUUGAACUUUAAACCCAAAAGGGCCUAACAAUCACAUAUAUUUAAAUUCAAUUUUAUUUUUGUAAUGAUACAGGACAAAAAAAUCUGAGAUAAAUUUAGAAUUUAAAAAUAGUAUUUAAAAAGUAUAGUAUUCCCUAGAGUAACAUGACACCAGUGAUGCAUUCAAA